AUGGACAGCCCGACCGAAACAACUGCGAAUGUGAGACUGGGCUGGAUCGGGCUCGGCUCGAUGGGCUUGGCCAUGGCAACGAACCUCCAACGCCACCUGUCCAAGCUCGGCGCCCCCGGCGUGAAUUAUCACAAUCGAACAAUGGGCCGCGGACAGGCGCUCCAGGCCCUGGGCGGCGUGCCAUGUGAGAGCGUGGCGGAUCUCGUGCCACGGGCAGACGUGAUAUUCCUCUCCCUCAGCGACGACUCUGCACUGGCAGCCACCCUGGACGCCAUGCUCGGCCCCGGGCCCGCCGGCCUGUCCGGCAAGGUCAUCGUGGACACGUCAACCGUCCAUCCGCGGUCCUCGGCAGAGGCCCAGGCGCGGCUGCGCGCGGCGGGCGCAGAAUUCGUCGCGGCGCCCGUCUUCGGCGCGAGCCCGGUCGCCGCCGAGGGGAGGCUCCUGUUCGUACUGGCCGGGUCGGAACUUGCCGCCCAGGUGAUCAGCCCGUACCUGGUCGGCGUCAUGGGCCGGGGUGUCAUCCGCCUUGGUGAGGCGGCCAAGGAGGCUAGUCUGCUGAAGACUGCAGGGAACUUCAUGACCGCCGCGAUGAUGGAAGUCGUUGCCGAAUCACACGUCUUCGCAGAGAAGACCGGUCUUGGUAGCGCCGCGAUGGAAUCCCUGAUAGAGCAGCAAUACGGGCCCCUGGCGCUCUCCAUGUCCAAGAGGCUGACUACCGGUGCCUACAUGCCAGCAAGGGACCAGAGACCCUGGUCGGACCUGAACCUCGCUCUCAAGGACGUAGGGCAUGGCAUCGCAUGUGCCCGGGACGCCGGGGCGGACCUGCCGGUGGGCGAGGUGGUACUGAAGCACCUCGAGCAGGCCAAAAAGUUCUCUAACGCUAUAGAACGGCCGCUAGAUUCCUCGUCCAUGUAUGGUGUUCUGAGGAGGCAGGCCGGACUGAAUUUCGAGACGGAUUUGGUGAAGGAGAGAGACCACACAGGUUAA